UUCUUAAAUUUCAAGUCCCACGCAAAAUCCUCGACAACAUGGAAGGUUCCGAGGAACUUUUUUUCCCUAAUAUGUCGUUCCCUUUCCACCUCGCUUUUGUGUAUCCUUUCCCGGAGGCGUUCUACGUAAAUGGAUUCGUUUCCCCCGUUCUAAUUUUCUUCACUCUGGUGACAAAUAUCUUCGUAGUUCUUAUUCUUCUUCGGAGGCACAUGCGCUCACCCACUAACGCUAUCCUGGCUGCCAUGGCAAUUUCUGACACAUUAACUGGAAUUUCUCCGCUUCCGGUGUUAAUUCACUUCUUUUCUCUGGAGAACUACGAGGAGUUUGUGGAAUAUCACUGGUUUUACCUCUACAGGUUUCUCGGCGAGCUUAUUCCGACCAUAUUCCACACAUCCUCGAUCUGGCUAACAGUGACGUUGGCCAUUCAACGUUACGUUUACAUCUGUCACACAGCUACCGCCAGAAGAUUUUGCACUAUCCAAAAUGUCGUCAUUGCAUCUUUCAUAAUCUUUUUUUCUGCCAUACUGUCGCAUACACAGGGAGCAUUCAUUAUUGACUGUUGUAAGAAACUCAAAUAG